GAAACAUUAGGUCACUAUCGAAAAGAGGUGGUAGUAUUGCAUAAGUUAACACGGGAACUUUUAAAUUACUAAACGGCCUGUGAGAUAAUUCUAUAUGGCAAAUACAUGCCUCUUGUUAGACCAUGUCUCGUCUAAUUCCGCUUUACAUGUGUACUUCCUGGUGGAGCAGUAGGAACACUAACUAGUAACCUUAGAGGGUUUCAGCUACCGGGCUCCAAGAUAGGCACCAAAGAAGCCACAGCCGCUCUCAAACGGCAAAGAGAAAGCAGCGUUCAGGGAUUUGCCGAUGCAUGCAGAUCUCCGAGAAGUUCUCGAUAGCUUCUACUGUUACGAACAUUGUUUACCAUGGCGGGUAAAGCUACAUCGCGUCACGGCCGCCGGCUCAUUCGCAGUGUUCCAGCUUCGACGACUGCGACUGGAUCAACGUGGGCAGACCCUAUUUAUUUUGCAUCACCAUCAGCAUUAGGAAACUGGUUAUCAGUCUAUCAUAAGUCCAAGAAAGAACUCUUCGUCGGUUAUUAUAAGAAACACACAGGCAGAAUAGACCUGACAUGGUCUAAUGCAGUGGACGAAGCGCUGUGUUGGGGCUGGAUUGAUGGUGUAAGGAGGAGAGUUGAUGAUGACCGCAUGGCGCAACGAUUUACACCCAGGGCAAAGAAAAGCCAUUGGAGUCGCAUCAACGUUGAAAAGAUGGCACUACUAGAGGCAUCUGGUCGUGUUCAGGAGCCUGGUAGAGCUGCAUUCGCGCUUCGCACCGAGGAAAACACGGCGCAGAUGAGCUUUGAGCGCGAGCUCGUGUUCAGCGACGAAUUCUUGAGGCGACUGUCUGAAAACAAAGAUGCAGCUUCAUAUAUUGAAGGACGAACGCCAGGCUAUAGACGCCAGGUAUGUCACUGGGUCAUGUCGGCAAAGCGCAUGGAGACACAACAAAAGCGCUUUGAAGAAUUGAUCAACUGCUCCCUUCAAUCACAGGAUCUGAAGCAAUUCAGAAGGAAAUGACAUUGCACAAUCACCACCAGGGGUUCGUGAUCCCAAUCUUAUCAAGGCCGACGCCUGCAAUGCUGGGGUUUCCUUCGAUUCCUACGUGCA